AUGUAUAUCAGGCCAGCCCAUGCCGUCCUCGAGCCCGAAACACUCCGAUCCUUCAUAAAAAGCAACCCUCUCGGUAUCCUCACCACAGCCAUCUCGCACCCCGACAUGCCCUUCCUCCAAUCCUCACACAUCCCCUUCCUCAUCGACGCGCCCACAUCCCCCUCCGACCCGUCCGACCUCGGCUCCCUGCGGGGUCACAUCGCCGCCGCGAACCCACAAGCCAAAGCGCUCGUCGCAGCCGCCCGGGCCGCGCCCGGCGCGUCGCCCGACGCGGGCACACUGGCGCAGGAGGUGCUCGUGCUGUUCACGAGCCCGACGCAGAGCUACGUCACGCCGAGCCUGUAUGUGCAGACGAAGCCCGCGACAGGCAAGGUCGUGCCGACGUGGGACUACAUGGCCGUGCAGGCGUACGGGCGCGUUACGGUGCACCACUCUGCGGCGACGGAGGAGGGGACGCGGGCGUGGUUGCAGCGGGCGGUGUGCGAUCUGACGGAGCAUGCGGAGCGGGAGGUCGCGCGGAAGGAGGAGGGGGAGGCGUGGGAGGUGGCGGAUGCGCCGAAGGCGUUUGUGGAUGUGCUGAAGAGGGCAAUUGUGGGUGUUGAGAUUAAACUGACGAGGUUGGAGGGGAGGUGGAAGGUGGGGCAGGAGCUGAGCGAGGGGGAUCGGCAGGGUGUGGUGGACGGGAUGAGGGCGUUGGGGACAAGUGUGGGCGAGGCGAUGGCGAACGUGGUGGAAGAAAAGGGGAAGAAGGAUCGAUGACUCUCAUACCGUGGUAUCUUUGCGUUACACAAUUCUCGUGCUUUUGAGAUACCAACUAUGUUCCCGUAUCCAUCAAAGGAGUCGCUCAAGAGGUUAGCUGCAGCCAUUGGCUACCGCGACCAGCGCCCGUCCGUUCACACGUGUCGCUCACUCACCGCGACCUCCACACUCAUGAUCGACC